UGCGGGGCUGCACGCCAGGAGCAAAGACAAGAGGCAAGCAGUGCUCGGCUCGGAGAUGGGGAGCGGGCGAAGUUGACAAGCCCCCCACCCACGCCGCGCCUUUGCUGCCUGCCUGGAGGUGCGCUGCCCUUUCCAGGAGGUGUCCGCGCGCUGCCCGGCUCCAGGGGCUGCUGCAGCCAGCGGUGUGUCGCGCGUGCUUGUUGGCCAGCGGAGCCGUCCCGGGGAGAAGCCCCCGAGGACAGUUGUUUUCCCAGGAGAGACCUGCAGCCCAGCCGAGCGGCUUGGGCGGCCUGGAUGCGCAGGACCCAGCCCCGCAGCCGCGGACGCCGGGCGGCGGCGAAGUUUGGCUGCUGAGCGGCUCGGCGCCGGGCCCCUGGACAGACGGCCGCCAGGCGGCCGCGGCGGCAGGAGCGAUGCCCGUGGGGGGCCUGUUGCCGCUCUUCAGCAGCCCCGGGGGCGGCGGCCUGGGCGGGGGGCUUGGGGGCGGCGGCAGCAGGAAAGGGUCGGGCCCCGCUGCCUUCCGCCUGACGGAGAAGUUCGUGCUGCUGCUGGUGUUCAGCGCCUUCAUCACGCUCUGCUUCGGGGCGAUCUUCUUCCUGCCCGACUCCUCCAAGCUGCUCAGCGGGGUCCUGUUCCACUCCAGCCCGGCCUUGCAACCCGCCGGCGACCACAAGCCCGGGCCCGGGGCGCGUGCGGAGGACGCUGCGGACGGGCGGGGCCGGCAUCGCGAGGAAGGCGCGCCUGGAGACCCGGCGGCUGCCCUGGAGGACAACUUGGCCAGGAUCCGCGAGAACCAUGAGCGGGCUCUUAGGGAAGCCAAAGAGACCCUGCAGAAGCUGCCUGAAGAGAUCCAAAGGGACAUUCUGUUGGAGAAGGAGAAGGUGGCCCAGGACCAACUGCGUGACAAGGACGCAUUCAGGGGGUUGCCAGAGGUGAACUUCCUGCCCCCCAUCGGGGUGGAGAAUAGGGAGCCCGCCGACGCCGCCAUCCGAGAGAAAAGGGCAAAGAUCAAAGAGAUGAUGAAGCAUGCAUGGAAUAAUUACGAGCGCUAUGCCUGGGGACUGAAUGAACUGAAACCCAUCUCAAAAGAAGGCCAUUCAAGCAGUUUGUUUGGUAACAUCAAAGGAGCAACUAUAGUAGAUGCCCUGGAUACGCUUUUUAUUAUGGGAAUGAAAGAUGAAUUUCAACAAGCAAAGUCGUGGGUUGAAGAAAAUUUAGAUUUUAAUGUGAAUGCUGAGAUUUCUGUUUUUGAAGUAAAUAUACGCUUUGUUGGUGGACUGCUGUCAGCCUACUAUCUGUCUGGAGAAGAGAUAUUUCGAAAGAAAGCAGUGGAACUUGGGGUAAAAUUGCUACCUGCAUUUCAUACUCCCUCUGGAAUACCUUGGGCAUUGCUGAAUUUGAAAAGUGGCAUUGGGAGGAACUGGCCCUGGGCCUCUGGAGGCAGCAGUAUUCUGGCAGAAUUUGGAACCCUACAUCUGGAGUUUAUGCACUUGAGCCACUUAUCUGGAAACCCCAUCUUUGCUGAAAAGGUGAUGAAUAUUCGAACAGUACUGAACAAACUGGAAAAACCAGAAGGCCUUUAUCCUAACUAUCUGAAUCCCAGUAGUGGACAGUGGGGCCAACGUCAUGUAUCGGUUGGAGGACUUGGAGACAGUUUUUAUGAAUAUUUGCUCAAGGCAUGGUUAAUGUCUGACAAGACAGAUCUAGAAGCUAAGAAGAUGUAUUUUGAUGCUGUUCAGGCCAUUGAAACUCACUUGAUCCGCAAGUCUAGUGGGGGAUUAACUUACAUCGCAGAGUGGAAAGGGGGUCUCCUGGAACACAAGAUGGGCCACCUGACCUGCUUUGCGGGAGGCAUGUUUGCACUUGGGGCAGAUGGAGCUCCUGAAGGCCUGGCCCAACACUACCUUGAACUUGGGGCUGAAAUUGCCCGCACCUGUCAUGAAUCUUACAAUCGCACCUUUAUGAAACUGGGACCAGAAGCUUUCAGAUUUGACGGUGGUGUCGAAGCCAUUGCUACAAGGCAAAAUGAAAAAUACUACAUCUUACGGCCAGAAGUCAUUGAGACUUACAUGUAUAUGUGGCGACUGACUCAUGAUCCAAAGUACAGGAAGUGGGCCUGGGAAGCUGUAGAGGCCCUGGAAAAUCACUGCAGGGUGAAUGGAGGCUAUUCGGGCCUAAGGGAUGUUUACUUCAUUCAUGAGAAUUAUGAUGAUGUCCAGCAGAGUUUCUUCCUGGCAGAGACACUAAAAUAUUUGUACUUAAUAUUUUCUGAUGAUGAUCUUCUUCCACUGGAGCACUGGAUCUUCAACACCGAGGCACAUCUUCUCCCUAUACUCCGUGCAGAUAAAAAGGAAGUUAAAGUCAAAGAAAAAUAAAAAGAUGUUUUAUAUUUUACUCUGCUUCAUUCCCUCCACUGCAUACCUUAGUAAUUCCUUUUCUGGUAAUCAGACGUGAUGAACUUUUAUCAGUAAGUCUGUAAUUAUUCUAAGUUCUAAAAUUGUUUUGCAGUCUUUUGUGUUUAUUAUCAUAGGCAUAAAUGUACCUAAAUUCCUUACUCCUUUAUUAUUCAGUCAGUGGAUCCACAGCUUUUGUUUGUCUGGGAUGUUUUUUAAGUAAUCUUUCAUCUCUGGAGUUCAUGAUGGUGUGAUAUCACUUUCAUGAAACGGAAUAGAAAGAAUACCAAUGACUUCUUAAUUACAACUUGAUUUGACUGCAAAACUUUUUCCUCCUCUAUGAGGAGAUGAUGUCUGCUUUAAGCUGUAAUGUUUUGCCAUGUUGCAAAAAGCCAUAAUAAUAAAUGAAGUAUU